AUGACCCACUUGUGCUGCCACUCUUGCUGCCAGCCUACGUGCUGCAGGACCACCUGUUGCCGGACCAUCUGCUGCCAACCGACAUGCUGUGGGUCCAGUGGCUGUGGUGGCUGUGGACAAACCUGCUGUGGAUCCAGCUGCUGCCAGCCUUGCUGCUGCCCAACUUGCUGUCAAGUCACCUGCUGUAGAACCACCUGCUGCCGCCCUUGCUGUUUAACCACCUGCUGCCAGCCAAGCUACUGCGGGUCUAGCUGCUGCCAGCCCGACUGCUGUGGACCCAGUGGCUGUGGACAAACCUGUAGUGGGUCCAGCUACUGUGGAUCCAGCAGCUGCCAGCCUUGCUGCUGCCCUAUUUGCUGUCAAACCACGUGCUAGAGGACCACCUGCUGUUGGCCCCAUGACUGUGGGUCCAACUGUUGUCAGCCCUGCUGCCGCCCAACCCAUUGCUACACUACCUGCUAUAGAACCAACUGCUUCCGCCCUUGCUCUGUGUCCAGCUGGUGCCAGCCUUUAUGCUGUUGA